CAGGAAACGCUCAAUAACGAAGACAAGGUUCAUCUCGAUCACACAUUAAACAGAAUAUUUGCAGUACGGGAUAAAUGAAUUAACGAAAGAAGAUUUUGACGGGAAAUGACGUCAAAGGAGGAAGAAAUCCAGAAACCAAACGUUCCGAUAUGGCGCACAAAGCGAUACCAGAUGGCCAUCCUGUACUGCCUUGCCUUUGUUGUACAAGGUAUCCUCAUGUACAACCUCAGCAUCGCCAUAGUGUGCAUGGUGAAGCAUGAGCCGCAGUACAACGAGAUCCACACUGAGGCGUUAGUGUCCAAUGACACCACAAGAAACGAUACCAUGGUGAAAGAGGGCGGUGAGUUCCGGUGGUCCAAACAGCUUCAAGGUCUGCUUCUUGGUGCUAUGUUCUGGGGCUACAUGGCAGGCCAGAUACCCGCCGGAUGGCUGAGCCAGAGGUACGGUGCUCGGAUGGUUGUUGGCCUGGGAGUUGGAGGUGCGUCCGUCGUCACCCUUCUCUCCCCAUUAGCAGCAAGAACAAAUCACUAUCUCUUCCUGGUCACCAGGCUGUUAUUUGGAGCAUUGCUGGGUGUACCAUAGGCAAUGCCAUCGUGUUUCCACUUGGUGGAAUACUUUGCGGCGAUGACGUCAGCCUUGGAUGGCCAUUUGUAUUCUAUAUAACUGGUGGAGUAUCUGCAAUAUGGAGCAUGCUGUGGAUUUUCUUUGCUCGAAACACCCCAUCUCAAACCCCGGGUAUAUCGGCAGAGGAAGUAGAAUACAUUGAAGCAAGUCUCAGACACCGGGUGUCCAUGAAAAGAGUUCGAACAACACCAUGGAGAAAGAUGUUCACUUCCAGACCCGUCUUUGCCGUCAUCGCAACCCAUUUCCUCGCCAACUUCGUCCUCUACAUGCUGCUAACUAAAGCGCCCACUUACUUCAACGAGAUCUUAAAGCUCGACAUCAAAGCUAACGGUGUAUAUUCAAUGCUUCCAAUAAUCUGUAUGGGCGUAACCGUUUUUGCUGGUGGGCACAUAUGUGACUUCUUUAUCUCCAGGAAGAUCUUCAGUGUUGGAGUGUCCAGGAAAAUUGUAAAUGUUCUAGGUACAGCAUUUCCCGGGAUCUUUAUGGUGAUCUUGGCUCAGGCAGAGCAGGGCCAAGUCGUAUUCGGUGUAUCGUUCAUGUGUCUGACACUCGGCUUCAUGGGCUUCGGCUUUAGUUCCUACGUCAUUAACUACGGUGACAUCGCGUUGCAGUAUGCCGGCACGCUGUCCGGUAUAGGCAACGCCAUCAGCUCCUUACCAGGGGUAGCAGCCCCGUAUGUUGUGUCAGAGCUCACCCCAAAUGGUACCCGACAGGAAUGGCAACUGGCUUUCUACGUCACUGCUGCAAUAGCAGGACUUUCGGCCCUUGUUUUUAUCCUGUUUGGUUCCGGUGAGCUGCAGCCAUGGGCAAAACCACAAUCAACACAGGAAGUAAUAUUCAUCGAAAAACCAAAUCAAAAUAUAUCAGUUUCGAUGGUAAAGCAUCCAAAAGACUUAGACAAUUCACGUAUAUGAAAGAAAUAUGAAUGAAAGACCAACACAAAACUAAACAUCUUUGAAUCACAAGUUCACUUUGGAGGGAUUACAUGUUCAUUAAUUUUAUCUUUAAGUGUAUAUUAAUAAGUACUUUAACACACCUAAACGAAGCUGACGUUAAUCUGAAGCACACGAGGCGUCGGACAUGAUAUCGAAACUACCAGCACUCUCAUUGUGAUGAACUGAUGACCUAAUAUUUUUUAAGAGUACCAGUGACUGAUUCUCGUACAAAAGGGUAUGAUUCCUGGAUUUCGUGGGUGCCGAUCUAACAGACCUCGAGAACUGAUGCAGCACUUGUUUCUUGCAACCCUCAAACCAAUACGGAGUUAUUGGACCAGGACCAUAAUCAGAGUGAAACGUGCAAGGAUUGCUGCUUCCUGGCACCAUUAGCAGAAGUACCAGUGAUCUUGACAUAUGUUUACCAGAUAAACGCCUCUUUGGCAUGUGAUGGAAAUCAUCUGCCUCUCAGAUCGCCUCAGCCUUUAGAAAAAUACAUUUUUUGCAAUGUUUCCUUUCCGUUUUGAUAAGCGAUCAUAUGAAGUGUAAUGGCAAAUAUUAAUUUCUCGUUAGUAUCGAAUCUACAAAACUAUUUGAUAUAGAUAUAGCAUGUGUUUUUCAGUGUCUUUGUAGUAUAGACGAAUAGGAUUUAUUGUAAAUGUUACACGUUUUAUAAGUUUUUGUGCUUUACAGAGAAUGAGAGAAGUGAGAGAAUGUAUGCUUCCAAUUAUAAAAUACGUAUCUUCCUCCAUAAGAAUGAGCAUCCAAUUACCAGUCGCAAUUUUCACUGCUGUUGUCAUUCAGAAUUGUCUUAUUGCCUUUGUCCGUUGUUCCAAAUUGUCGUUGUUACUCUUUGUCAUUUGUAUGUAUACUUCUACAUCAGCUGCGUGUGUCAUUCACCUCAUGCAGAAGCGAACACACGGUCACAUAUUGGUUUUGUAUCAAGAAAGGAAUAAAUUGACGUCCGUGCAUGCAGA